UCAUGCUCCGGACUGCGGGAUAUUUUCAAGUAUCCUUGGUAGUUUUAAGGUUUCUCCUUAACUUUUUAAACUUCGCUACGGCUGCCGUGUGUCUUUAUCAUUCAACGCCAACAGAAAACUGUAAAGUUAGAAAUCAAACGAAAAUCAUACUCGGUCAACAAGAAAUCAGCAACACUGUAAACACGGUGGGGGCGCUGCUGGAAGAUGGAAACUCGCUUUUGCUUCUCUUGAUGAUAGUAUUUUGGAAAACAUUCAAAGUGAGGAGAUAUUUCGGCGCAGUGAUUCGUGUUGGACACUUCUGGGUUUGGUGCUUGUUUUGCAUUACCAACACUCUUUCGAUUCUAUACGUGGAUGUCGUUCACGGAAAAGACCGCAUGGGAAAUGUGAAUGUCACGGCAAUAGCACUGAUCAUCGAGAUGCUUCUUCUAACGUUCCUGGCGAGUGCAAUCAACUUCAUUUCCCACAGAACGUACGUGGCAUGGAUCGAAUCUCGAUUCUGGGGGCAGACAAAUACGCAACGUGUAUUAAAGCCACUCUUCCGACUCGUCCUCAGUGCGUACUUCUUCAGAAAUCUUGGUUUGUUUUUGUACGACACGGCCCUCGUGUCAAUGAGCAUCUCGCUGCUGAAGGGCGGGAGAGUAGAAGGAGCGCAUGACUGGGACAGCCUGCUUCUGUUGCUUGGUGCAGCGUUCCGUGCCAGUUUCACAAAGUUCUUUUUUCAAAAGAUGUUUAAGGAACAGAAACUUCCAAAGGUGUGCGAGGAUGAAACAGAUCCCGCGUUGCUACGAGACCAGCUUGGUGGCUACCGAGUGAUCAAUGCUGCGGUUGAAUUCAAUACAACAUAAAUUUUCGGCUCAGGGCUGAGAAGUAUCGUCGAGGGUCUCAAUG